CUAGUAAAUAAUUAUAAAAAAAAAAUUAAUAAAUUAAUUAUAUAAAGUAAUUAAUAAAACAUGACAACAAAUCGUGCCGUACUGCAAGCAUUAAGUGACUAUCAAACAGCACGUUUACGUUUUGUCCAAACAGUAUCAGAUUUAUCAUCCCGAAAUCAUAAUAUUGAAGCAUUAGAAAAUGCUGGAGCAUUGGAUUUACUUGAACCCUUACUUUCAGAUAUUAUACCAUCAAUUCAACAAACAGCAGUGGUAGCACUUGGAAAAUUAGCUAAUUACAAUGAAAAAUUAGCUUAUGCGGUUGUUAAACGUGAUGUGAUAACACGAUUAUUACGAAAUUUUGAUAAACAAAAUAAAUUUUAUAAAAAAUCAGCAUUAUAUUUAUUGCGCACAAUUGCAAAACAUUCUGAUGAGUUGGCUGAUUUUGUAAUUAAUGAAGGCGGAUUGCAUGUCAUUAUUAAUUGCUUAGAUGAUUUUGAUUAUGGAGUUAAAGAAGCUGCUGUUUGGGCCAUAGGUUACAUAGCUAAACAUAAUAGAAUUUUAUCCCAGACAAUUGUUGACGCAGGUGCUGUAUCAUUGUUGAUAUUGUGCUUACAAGAACCAGAAUUAUGCUUAAAGCAAAUAAGUGCAUCAGCAUUGUAUGAUAUUAGCAAACAUACAGAAGAACUGGGACAAAUUGUCGCUGAUAGUGGCGCAAUUGUUAUUUUAGCUAAAUUAAUAAAUAAUCCCGAUGACGUUAAAUUAAAACGUCAAGUGUUAUUAACUCUUGGUGGUAUUGCCAAACAUUCGACAAAUUUAGCUGAAUCUGUUGUGGAAACUGAUAUUUUUCCUGAUGUUUUAUUACUGUUGGGACAUUCCGAUGAUAUUGUAAAAAAAAAUUCCGCAAUUCUUACUCGUGAAAUAUCAAAGCAUACUCUUGAGCUGGCGCAAUUAGUUGUGAAUACUGGCGGGAUUGCAUCAUUGAUUGAAUUUAUUUGUACAACAUCAAAGUCAUCAACAAAAUUACCAGGAAUAAUGGCACUGGGUUAUAUAUCUGGUCAUUCAGAUCAAAUGGCAAUAGCGAUAAUUGGAUCACAAGGUGCAGUUAUAUUAUCAAAAUUAUUACAACAGGAAACUGAUGAUAGUGUUCAAGCUAUUAUUGUAUGGGCACUAGGACAAAUGGGUAAACAUAGUCCAGAACAUGCUCAAGCUAUUGCGGAAACGAAUAUUUUUAAAAAAUUAGUACAGUUGUAUUGUAAUCCAAAAAGCUCGGAAGAUUUAAAAGCUAAAACAAAAACUUGUUUGAAAAAUAUUUUACAAAAAUGUAUGAUGAUCGAAGCUUUAGAGCCGAUAUUAGCAGAUUCACCACCGGAAAUAUUGAAAGACAUUUUACAACAUUUAAGUGAGAUUUUACCAAAUGACCCGAAAUCAAGACGAUUAUUUGUCACCACUGGAGGAUUAAAAAAAAUUCAACAAAUUCAAAUUGACCAGGGAUCUGAAUUAAAAGAAUUUAUUUAUUCAAUAAAUAAUUGUUAUCCUGAAGAAAUAAUCAGAUAUUACUCUCCUGGAUAUCCGGAUAUUUUGUUGGAAAAAAUAGAAGAAUAUGAACCGAAGCCAAUGUCUGCAAGCAUAAAAAAUUAAUUAAUAAUCACUCGCGUAGAUUUUUUAAAUUAUUUAUCAAAAUGAUACAUUGAUAUAUAAAUAUUUAUUUUUUUUACCAAAUUU